CCCCCCCCUCUUUAUUCUACAUUUACCAGAUGGAUCCUUUUCAAAGCUUUUCGAGUCAAUUCAACCCACAGUUAUAUGAGAGUAGUAAUGUGCCACCGUCGACGGAUAAAUUAUACUCUUUUAGUGGAUAUCAAGCCGGUUUAAUGACGAAUAAUGCCUUGAUGCAACCCAUGUCGUCGACCCAUCAAGUUCAUUUCCGACCACCUAUAACCCAAAACCCACCACAACCAGCACAAGGGACACACUUACAAUCUUCACCCUAUAUGCCAACACCCUCCAACAACAACAAUAAUAACAGCAGCACAGAAACCGGUAGUAAAUAUUCGGGCAUGUAUGCAAACACGGGAUUUGAUAUGUUGUCAAUUCUAUCACGUGUAGCCAAUCGACCCAACCCACAGAUCGAUUUAGGACCUGUCGAUCUCUCUUGUUCCUUUGUGGUGGUCGAUGCACGACAAUACGAUUUCCCACUGGUGUACGCAUCGCCCAUGUUUGAACGAUUAACGGGUUAUUCACCUAACGAAGUCAUGGGCCGUAACUGUCGCUUUUUACAGGCACCCGAUGGUCGAGUAGCGAUUGGAUCACGACGAAAAUAUACCGAUAAUUCCAUCGUCUAUCAUAUCAAAACACACAUGGUACAGGGAAAAGAAUCACAAUCCAGUAUUAUUAAUUAUAGAAAAACAGGUCAACCCUUUGUCAAUCUGUUGACCGUGAUACCCAUCUCUUGGGAAUCAGAAGAGAUUGAUUACUUUGUUGGCUUACAGGUCGAUUUAGUGGAACAACCCAAUUCGAUCUUUCAGAGCAUGAAAGAUGGUACCUAUACCGUCAAUUAUCGUAAUUCUUCUAUACCUCCCGUGAUACAAUCUAAAGAUAUGCGUCAUGAACCUAUUGAAGAAUGGACUCGACCUGUUUCUCCCAAACUCUACUCGAAUACAACCACCACCACCACUACCGGCAACACCACGACAACAACAACCACAACAGUCGAUUUAGCUACGACAGGUACAACACAAUCUGAAGCGGAACCUCCCAUGGAUGUUGAGACCUUGAUUAAAGAAGCCAGUACAGAUGAAGGCAAAUUUCGAAGAUGUUGGCAUGAAUUACUUUUGGACCAAAGUCCCGAUUUCAUUCAUGUCUUGACGAUCAAGGGUAUCUUUUUAUACUGUUCCGAUUCAACGAAACAGGUACUCGAAUACGAUCCUGCCGAACUCGUAGGUAAAUCAUUAAAAGCUAUCUGUCAUCCGUCAGAUAUCACCACGGUGAUGCGCGAAUUAAAGCAAUCCUCCAACGAUGCAACCGAACCCGUCAACCUCAUCUACCGUGUGCGCCGUAAAAACUCGGGUUAUAUGUGGAUCGAAUGUUGUGGUAAAUUACGUAACGAGGAUGGAAGGGGAAGGAAAUAUGUGGUUUUAUCAGGCAGGGAAAGGCCCGUGUAUCAAUUACCUCGUAGUUCCUUGGCGGUAGGGAAUAAAACCCAUGACCAGCAUCUGGCCAUCACUGCAGCUGCUCAUGCUGCUCAUGCGCCGACGGAAGAGGUGAUACCGGGCAUGGAGGAUCAUGAAUUUUGGGGGAAAUUAAGUGCGGAUGGAUUGUUAUUAUAUGUAAGCUGGACCUGUGCUAACAUCUUAGGUUCUCCACCUCAGGAUAUCAUUGGCUCCUCCCUCUAUCAAUUAAUGCGAAGUAAUCGAACCACAGAUUUAACUCGCGCUUUGGCCGAAGUGAAGGAAGGCAAAAUUGUUUAUUUACGCCAUGCCUUAUUAAACAAUGCUGGCAUUGAAGUCAUGGUCGCUACCACUUUCUAUCCGGAUGGAAAGGCUUCCGAUGGUGAACCACCGUCGUUUGUAUUGAUGCAAACAAAAGUCAUUGACGAUGAAUCUCCCAUGACGGAUGAGGAAUCCCUGUAUAUCUCGAUGGAUCCCGAUGUGAAAAAGAAGGGAAGGGCGGAUCUAUCUUUGCCUGGUUUGGAUGGAAAUAUAGCCCCUCAUCGUACUGUGGAGAGGAUGGUGGAAGAAUUGGAUAUUGGAAGGGAUGCGAAUUGGCAGUAUGAAUUACAUCAAUUACGUAUCAGUAAUAAGAAGUUACGUGAUGAUUUAGGUUCUUUGCUUCAACGAGCCAAACAGGAAGGGAAACAGGAAACGCCGGCAUGUAAUACUUGUCAUCGUAGACUACCGGGAUCGGCAGAAUUAUCAGAUUAUCCUAGCGACGAACCCUUGUUAUGUAAUACCUGCUCACUUCGAGAGUUACCCGCCAUCAUGUAAUUGAUGUGUAAAUAAUAUA